UGCAGCAUCACUGGAGCUGCUCAGCAUCCCGGAAGUCCAUCAGGAAGAGACACAGCAUCGCCACAGCUUUGACAACAACGGGGACAGUAGCAAAAACAUCGGCCUGUUUACAAGCGGGAAUCAAAUGCAAAGGACAAAUGAAGUGACCAGCAGGAGACAAUGUCAUCGUUCCAGGUGGUGGACUCAUCGCCGGGCAGCAGCGUCAGCAUCAUGGAAACGUCCAACUUUGCCCAUGUCAUCUUCCAGAAUGUGGGAAAGAGUUUCCUACCCCAGGCGCCCUUGGAGUGUCGUUACACUCUGACCCCUUACAUUGCUCCCCACCCAAAAGACUGGGUGGGCAUUUUCAAGGUGGGUUGGAGCACAGCCCGGGAUUAUUACACCUUCCUCUGGUCGCCCAUGCCUGAAAACUAUGAACCAGGAAGCACCGUGCACAGGACUGUGGUGUUUCAAGGUUAUUAUGUUCCAAAAUCCGACGGAGAGUUCUACCAGUUCUGUUACGUAACUCACGCGGGUGACAUUCGGGGAGCCAGCACGCCGUUCCAGUUCAGGUCGGCCACGCCCACCGAGGAGCUGCUCACUGUCACCGAGGACGACAGCAACUCCGAUAUCCUGGUCGUCACGACCAAGACCGGCCUGCUCGAGCGUGUGGAGGAGGCGCAGCAGGAGCGCAGGGAGCUCCUGAAGGCCAUGCGCCUCCUGCAGGAGGAGAAGCAGCAGCUGCAGGAGGAGCAGAAGCGCCUGGCCAGGGAGAGGGAGCAGGAGCGGGAGACGUGCUGCCUCCUGCGGACGCAUAACCAGGAGCUGCUGCGCUCGUCCCAGGGCCUGUCGGAGGAGCGGGAGGAAGUGAGGAGGCGGCUGACGGAGGCCACGGACCGGGUCCGGCAGCUGGAGGAGGACCUGCUGGGAGUCACCCAGAGAGGCCUGCAGAAAGAGACGGAGCUGGACUGUCUGCGUGAUCGUUUGAAGAAGCUGACGGCGGAGAGGGACAGUCUGGAGAGCCAGCUGAAGAACGAGAAGGACGAGCGAGAUCUGUACAAGGCUCACCUGCGCAGCACGGAGCUGGAAAACACCAAACUGAGUGCGGAGCUUCAGAUGCUGAAGGCGGUGGAGCUGAACCGGGAGGUGACCAUCGCUCAGUUCCAGGAGGAGCUGGAGCGGCUCCGGGGCUGCGUGGCGCAGAGAGACAGUCUGGAGAAGGAGCUGCUGGCGCACAAAUCCGACAAGGCGGAGCUGGCUCGGGUGCGCGAGCAGCUCCGUCAGGCGGAGGAGCAGCUCCAGGCGUCCCGGCAGCAGGCCUCGCUGCUCGCCUCCGAGCUGCGGGACUCGGCCAGCUCCCGCGACCACACCAUGACGGAGCUGUACCGCGCCCGCCUGGAGGCCGACAAGCUCCGGGCCAGCCUGGCCGACGCUCAGGCGGAGUGCCAGCGCAUGGAGAGCCAGCUGGACCGCAUGAGGAGCACCGCGCACAAGGAGGUGGGCGUCGGGACGGGCGGAGAUGUGACGCCCAGCAUGAUGGUGGUGUCGGAGGCCGAGGCCGAGCUGCAGCGGGAAGUGGAGGAGCUGAAGCUGCGCCUCCACAUGGCGGCCGAGCACUACAAGGAGAAGUACCGGGAGUGUCAGCGCCUCCGCAGGCAGGUGGCCAAACUGAACACAUCGGAGUCGCAGGGGGAGCCAAAGAGAAACGCAUCCACAGAGACGACGCAGGAACCUCUAACCCCGAGCCCAGAGUCGCCAACAGCAGGAAAUAUAGCCGCUGCAGUCCUACAGCAAGCCACAGAAAUGACAAUCACUCCAGAAUUUAGUAACAAGGAGCCCACCUACGCCGAUGCACGAACCAAUACAGAGAAGGAGGAAGAGCAGAGGGAGAAAGUGCAGAUGGAGGGAGCUGAAGUGGAGGUGAAACCAAAGGAUGGAAAAGGGGAUGAAAAAGAGGAGAAGAGGGAGAGCCUGCAGGAGGAGAGCCUGAGGAUGGCGAGCUGGGUGGAGGUGGAGAACGAGGGGCAGAGCGCUGACGGGAACAACCGGGCGGAAAGCACGGCAAAGGCGGCGGCUGCGGAGGAAGAGGAGGAGGAGGAGGAGGAGGAAGAGGAGGAGGAGAGCGACAGCGUGGAGGAGCUGGAGGGGAGGAGUGCGGAGGAGGCCGAGAUGGAGCAGUCUCGCUCGGUGGAGGAGGAGCUGGCCAUGAUGGAGGAGAAGUGGAGGGAGCAGUGCGCCAUCAACGAGACGCUCAAACAGCGGCUGGCCAGCGAGGAGGAGCGAUUCAGAGUGCAGAUGGCCGAGCGAGCCAGCGAGGUGACCGAGCUCAAACGCAACCUGGCUCAGGCUCUCAGAGACAAAGAGCAUUUACAGGAGGAGCUGCAGCGGUACCUGUCCAGACAGAGAGCGCAGGAGGUGGCGGUUCAGGGUGCGGAGGUCAGGCAGCCCAUGCUGCUCCGCUACCCCCUCCCCUACCCCCAGGACCCCUCCCCUCCACCGCUGGUGCCGCAGAGGCCCGCCGAGCUGCAGUACGGCAACCCCUACUCCACGGACACCGCGAGAGAUCAUGUGGAUGUGGCUCUGUCUCCCGAGCACAUGCCCCGCCCUCCGCCCGAGGCCCCUCCUCCUCCCUGCGCCCCGCCGUGCGCGCCUCCCAUCACGCCGCCCAGCCCGGGUCCGGGAGCGCCGGGCUGGGAUCAAGAGGUGGUCUGCAUCCAGCCGUCCCGGAGCACAAGCCCCCCGGAGAGCCUGGAGCACUCGCCAGAGGAGCCCCAGAAUGCGGGCGAAGGGGCUCAGAAACCCUGUGACCAUCAGUCCAACAGACGCGCUGAAUCCCGAGGCAGCUUCUGCUUCGACUCCAGCGGCGACGUCCACAAGCGCUGUCCCCUGUGCGAGGUGAUCUUCCCGCCCCACUUCGAGCAGCGCAGCUUCGAGCAGCACGUGGAGAGCCACUGGAAGGUGUGCCCGGUGUGCUCCGAGCAGUUCCCCCUCAACUGCCAGCAGCAGCUCUUCGAGCGGCACGUCCUCACGCACUUCGACGGCCACGUGCUCAACUUCGAGCAGGUGGACUGAAGGGACGGGGGGGCGGGACCUCGACGCGUCGCUUGGGUAAAAAAAAAAAAAAAAAAAAAAAAAAGUGAGUCGUCAGCUAUCCGUUCAUUUCAAUCAGGGUUACGUUCCGUCGUCUCGUUAAAAUACAAUCAUCAGCACUUUCUUGCGGCGUUUUGAAAGAAUGUAGUUGACUUUCAGAAAGACGGCAGAAUUGUGAUACCAAGCUGUUCCGGUUUGAGUGGAUUUUAAGUUGAUACAGCGAAUGAUUGAUUAGUGCCACAGUUUGUUUCUCUAUCAGUCUUUUUUUUUUUUUUCUUUCUUUUUUUUAAUUGUUUCAACAGACAAAGCACCACUUGACGUGCAUGCGUAUAUUCUGUGUUCAAAGCCCACAUUUCUUCCGACUUCCAGAGUGAACUGUGGCCCAGUGUUAAAAACUGUGACAAGAAGACGUUGUAAUAUCUAAAUAUUUUCACUUCUCAAUGGUUCUGUUGUGUUCAAGGUACUUCAAGAACCUCAUUCUUUAAGGACCCUGAACUACAAAUUCACUCCGUCAUCUUUUUAAGCUUGGUAAGAAAGGAAAUGAUUUGUCAGUGUUAUUACAGAGUGAGAGCUGAAUAUGUGGGAUCUCUGCGGGUCUCUGAGUGUGUACAUAUAUCUGAAGAGCAGCUCGGUUGGAGAGCUCACCCCAUCCUGCUGUGCGUGUGUGUGUGUGUGUGUGUGUGUGUGCGUGUGUGUGUAUGACAGUGUUUUGAGAAAAUGGUCAAAACAAAAAAACCGGCACUAUGUUUUCAUGUAUCUGCACUAAAUAAGGCUUUAUUCUGAAUGUACUGUACAUAAAUGAAAAAUAAGUAUAAAGUCGUGGAGAAACCUGUGCGUUUCCUCUCGUGAGCCUGCCACCCCAAUCCUGUUACCUCCCUUUGUUUCAAAGAUGAUGAGAGAAGGACGGACCAAUGGCGUUUUACUUCCUGGCGUGCACUUUUCUGCUCUUAGGUUGGUCCCGAGGAGCUGCAGGACAUGGCGUUUCAGACACUUUUAUUGUUCCGUACUUUUGUGUUUUACAGGUAGAAGUGUGAAGAAAUUUAAAAAAUAAUAAUAAUAAUAAAUGAAAAAACUCUAAACAUCGCUUUGUGCUUCGGUCUGUUAGCCAUCAUGCUUGUCUAUUUUCAGUCAUUACGAUGUAUUUCCCGGACAGUGUUGUGUUCAGGCUUUAGAAACUGCACAUGCACAGCAAUCUCAAGGCAAACCUGUACGUAACGUCACGUGUCCGACGCAGCCCCUCCCAUGUGAGAAUGCCCGGAUGGUGGUUUCAAUGUGUUCUGCAAAGAUCUUUAUGAAUAAAUUCAGCUUGUCUAAAUGCA